AUGGCCUCUGACGAGCCUGAGGUCACAGCUGCCCCAAAGGCUGUAGAGGGCAAGGGCAGGAUGAUCAACGAUGAGUCUGUCCACGUCUAUGCCAACAAUGAUCCUACGGCAUCGAACGAUUUCGACUGUGAGAAGCAUGGGGCGAGCCGCGAGUCCAAUCCGCUGCCAGACCUCAAGCGGAAGCUGAAGAGCAGACAUCUACAGAUGAUUGCCAUCGGUGGUACUAUCGGCACAGGUCUUUUCAUCAGCAGCGGUACCGCGAUCGCGCACGCCGGCCCGGUGGGUGCUCUGAUCGCAUACAUCUUCGUGGGGUCAAUCGUCUACUCGGUCAUGACGUCCCUGGGAGAAGUCGCUACCUAUAUGCCCAUUCCCGGUGCCUUCACCGCAUACGCUACCCGAUUGAUCGACCCUAGUCUUGGUUUCGCAAUGGGAUGGAUCUACUGGUUCUCCUGGGCCAUCACCUUCGCCCUGGAACUGACUGCAACCGGCUUGAUCAUUCAGUUCUGGAAUUCGGAUAUCCACAUUGCGAUCUUUAUCGGGGUUUUCUGGGUGAUGAUCACCUUGUUCAACUUCCUGCCCGUGAGUUUCUACGGCGAGUUGGAGUUCUGGUUCUCGAGCAUCAAAGUCCUCACUGUCGUGGGAUUCAUGAUCUUCGCCAUCUGUAUCAAUGCCGGCGCCGGUGACAAGGGUUAUAUUGGAUUCCACUAUUGGGUUGAUCCUGGUCCCUUCGCCGCCUAUGAUGGUGUUCACCCGGACUCGACAGCCAAGUUUGUCGGCUUCUGGGCCGUCCUGAUCCAGGCUGGAUUCUCAUACCAAGGAACCGAGCUGGUUGGUAUUGCGGCAGGUGAAACAGAAAACCCUCGUAAGACUGUUCCAUCGGCCAUUCGCAAGACCUUCUUCCGAAUUCUCUUCUUCUUUGUCCUUACCAUCUUCUUCAUCGGUCUGUUGGUGCCCUAUACCAACAACAACCUCCUCACGGGCGGGAAUGAUGCCAACUCCUCGCCAUUCGUCAUUGCUGCCCGGUUAGCCGGCGUGAAGGUCCUCCCGGACAUCAUCAAUGCCGUCCUGUUGACUGUGGUUCUUUCGGCCGCCAAUUCCAACGUCUACAGUGGCAGUCGUAUCCUGAUCGGGUUGGCUCAGGAAGGAUUUGCGCCGCGGUGGUUCAAGGAAACAACCAAGAAAGGAGUUCCCUACUACAGCGUCGCAUUCACCUCGGCGUUUGGUCUGCUUGGAUUUAUGAAUGUUUCGAAUGCCGGUAGCACUGUUUUCAACUGGUUCCUCAACAUCUCAAGCGUGGCAGGCUUCAUCACAUGGGCGUCCCUGAAUGCUUGUCACAUCGCCUUCAUGCGAGCCUUGGAGGCUCGUAACGUCUCCCGUGACCUCCUCCCGUACAAGGCUUUGUGGCAGCCGUUCUAUGCCUACUAUGGAUUGUUCUUCAACAUCCUGAUCAUCUUCACUCAAGGAUUUACGGCGUGGAUCCCAACUUUCAGUGUCACGAGUUUCUUCAUUGCCUACCUGAGUUUGAUUCUGUUCGUUGUGCUCUAUCUGGGACAUAAGAUCAUUUUCCGGCCCGCGUUUGUACGGCCAGAAGACGCCGAUCUCGACACUGGCCGUCUCGCCUUGGAGAAUGAGAUGUGGGAGACUGUCACCCCCACCAAGUGGUAUAAGAAAGUGGGUAACGCCAUCUUUACUUAG